AAGAAGUAUCUUCGCGACAAUUGUGAUUACACAUUCGACACGCUGAAGAAGAACAUGCCGCUCGCACUCGCAUCUGUAUCCAUCAACACGAUCCGAUUAUGGCUAGGGAUCCGCACGGGUAAACCCACGGGUCAUCGGAUGUUUCGUUGGAUGGAGACAUACAGGUCAGGUCUUACCACCCGAGAUGCUCAGUUGCGGGUCAAACAAUUCAGUUCUGCACGCUAUAAAUCACACAGACGAGUUCCCGAAACAGUAGCGAGAGUUUUUGAUCAUGUAUAG